GCUUUAUGUGUGCGUGUCCGGCGGGGUUCAGCGGACAACACUGUCACCUGCCAGACGUGGGGGAGACUUCACUAAAACUGCCGCUCGGGAUCCUGGUGACCAUUGUCGUCUGGUGCACAUUUCUCCUGCUGCUGAUCUGCGCCUUUCUGCUGCAUCAGCACCACCGCCGCUCUGCGCUGCGCAGAGGCGCCGCUGACAACAAGGAAGACGCCGUCAGCUGUGAUCAACAGGUUUCCCCGCCCUGCAACAACACGCCCAACCUGCUGGAGCUGCAACUGUUGACGCCGCCCAAAGCCAACGGUCAGCCUGCCUGGACCAAGAACCCCAACAUAGCAGGCGUAGAUGUGCUGCAGGUGGACGCCGCCUCUGAGACCAGCAGCAUGGAGGACCAGAGACGGAGCGGGUCCUCAGUGUUGGUCCCGGACGUUGAGCGUGGAGGCCGGAAAUCCGGAGGGACGACGUUGGAGAAGGGGAAGCAGAACGGCGUCGGCGGUAAGAGAGGUACCGACAGUAACCCUCCCGCAGGGGACCACCUGAGGAAUUAUGCUUACGAAGGCGAUGGCUCUUCUCCCGGAUCACUGUCUUCCUGUCUGGAGAGCUGCAGCGGAAGUGCCAAGUUUCUGGGCGGAUUCCGUGAGGUGGCGCACAUGCUGGAGUCCUGACACACCGCCAACACCAGUCCACAGUCCACCCACUCAACAACAGCCUCAGGCAAACCAAACGGAGCCUCGCCCGUGACAGCAGUUAUCUGCACCUCCAUUGGAGCCAACAGAGGGGUAGCAACCUCCACCCUGUACGUAACGACUAGGCCUCUGUCCCUGUCAGCCAGUGACGACUUCACGCGGCUGCAAGACCUUGAGUGUGGAGUCAGUUCUGUCUCGCCGCCAACGCCAGACCCUCCUAGUGCCUUCGGAAGGAAAUGAUUAGCUUGUUGGUAGUGAAGAGUUUUUAAAUAUCUGUCCAGAAAUUCAUUCCCUGAAGUGAAACAAAUCUUUUGUACUUUUGUAUCACCAUAACCGUUAACUGUUCCCUGUUGUUUGUCUGUGCACAAAACCAUUUUUAUUACUUGACAUUUGAUGUAAGUCGUGUAAUUAUUCGUCCAGUUUCGAAUAACUUUAUACAAAGAGAGAGAGAGAGAGAGAGAGAGAGAGAGAGAGAGAGAGAG